AUGUACUAUGAAGAUGAAACAAAGUCCUCCGGCAAUGGGAAGGAUGCCAGCGGUGCUGUGUUGCACCAGGGCUGUGGAUCUGAAGUCAAAUGCAGUGACAAAAGGAAGAAAACUGAGCAACCAAACCUGGUCAGCCCACUGGAAGUGUUCCGAUACUCCCAAUGGCAGGAGAAGCUUCUCAUGGUGCUGGGCACUGCCAUGGCGAUCCUGCACGGAGCAGCUCUGCCCCUGAUGAUGAUUGUCUUUGGGGACAUGACAGACAGCUUUAUUUCAUCAGAAAACAUCACUUACCCAGAAAACCUCUCCUUCCUCAACGGAACCUUCACCAAUUACUCUAUGGAGUUCUUCUUCUAUGCUCUGAGGGGAAAGCUGGAGAAGGAAAUGACUGGAUAUGCCUAUUACUACUCUGGCAUUGGAGCUGGGGUCCUCUUUGCUGCCUACAUUCAAGUUUCAUUCUGGAAACUGGCUGCUAACAGGCAAAUCAGAAGAAUCAGACAAGAAUUCUUCCAUGCUGUCAUGCGACAAGAGAUUGGGUGGUUUGAUGUCAAUGAUGUAGGAGAACUUAACUCUAGACUGCUGUAUGACAUCUCCAAGAUCGAUGAAGGAAUUGGGGAAAAAGUGGCAAUGUUCUUUCAGGCAGUGGCUACCUUCUGCUCUGGGUUUAUAGUUGGGUUUACAAAAGGCUGGAAAUUAACCCUGGUGAUCCUGGCACUCAGUCCUGUCCUGGGAUUCUCCUCAGCCCUCUGGGCAAAGAUAAUCUCUGCCUUCACCAACAAAGAGCUGACUGCCUAUGCGAGAGCAGGAGCUGUUGCAGAAGAAGUCCUGGCAGCAAUUCGAACUGUGGUAGCAUUUGGAGGACAGAGGAAAGAAAUUGAGAGAUACCAAAAAAGAAUAGAAGAUGCCAAAGGCCUUGGCAUCAAAAAGGCCACUUCAGCCAGCAUUUCUCUGGGUGUUGCUUUCUUUCUAACUUACUCAUCAUACGCCUUGGCCUUCUGGUAUGGAACCACUUUGAUACUCUCCGAUGACUACACCGUUGGGAAAGUCUUUACGGUCUUUUUUUCUAUAUUACUUGGAGCUUUUGGUGUAGGACAGACUUCCCCAAGUAUGGAGGCAUUUGCCAACGCACGAGUAUCUGCUUAUGCCAUCUUCAGUGUUAUAGACAAUGAGCCUCAGAUUGACAGUUCCUCCAAUGCUGGCUAUAAACCAAACCACAUUCAGGGGAAUUUGGAAUUCCAAAACGUUUACUUCAGUUAUCCUGCAAGGCCAGAUGCUGAGAUCCUGAGGGGCUUGAAUCUCCAAGUGAACAGUGGCCAGACAGUGGCCCUGGUUGGUAGCAGUGGCUGUGGGAAAAGCACAACAGUUCAGCUCAUCCAGAGAUUCUACGACCCCAAGGAGGGCACGGUCACCAUCGACGGGCAGGACAUCAGGAGCCUGAACGUGAGGUACCUGCGGGAGGCGAUCGGGGUGGUGAACCAGGAGCCUGUGCUCUUUGCCACCACCAUUGCCGAGAACAUUCGCUACGGCCGGGAGGACGUCACCAUGGAGGAGAUUGAGAAAGCCACCAAGGAAGCCAAUGCCUAUGACUUCAUCAUGAGGCUGCCCAACAAGUUUGAGACCCUGGUUGGAGAAAGAGGAGCCCAGCUGAGCGGAGGCCAGAAGCAAAGAAUAGCCAUUGCCCGGGCCCUGGUGCGCAACCCCAAGAUCCUGCUGCUGGAUGAGGCCACCUCAGCCCUGGACACCGAAAGCGAGUCGGUCGUGCAGGCUGCGCUCGACAAGGUGAGGAGAGGCCGCACCACCGUCAUCGUCGCCCACCGGCUGUCCACGGUGCGCAGCGCGGACCUCAUCGCGGUGUUUGAGAACGGCGCUGUCUCCGAGCAAGGGACUCACAGCCAGCUGAUGGAGAUGAAGGGAAUCUACUACAAGUUUGUCAACAUGCAGGCAUCAGGAGCUGAGGAUCCAUUAGAGGAAGAAGGUGCUGGCCCAGCUGUCUCAGUGGAGGCACGGGAGGGAGCAGCUCUGAGCAGGCUGAAGAGACAAUCCACUCGGAAAAGCCUGAGGAGGUUGAGAAGAGAGAGUGAUCAACCAUAUGCUACAGCUGCUGAGCUUGACAAGAACUUACCUCCAGCUUCCUUUUUCAAAAUCAUGGCUCUGACCCAGAGUGAGUGGCCAUACUUUGUUGUUGGAACUGUGUGUGCAAUUGUCAACGGGGCCUUGCAACCUAUCUUCUCAGUCAUCAUCUCAGAUGUGAUAGGGAUGUUUGUAGAAAAAGGAGAGACUGCCAUCAGGGAGACAAACAGCACAUAUGCACUGCUCUUCUUAGGCUUUGGCCUCAUUUCUCUCGUCACCUGCUUUCUCCAGGGUUUCACCUUUGGAAAAGCUGGAGAAAUCCUUACAAUGAGGCUCAGGUCCAUGGCAUUCAGAGCAAUCUUGAGACAGGAUAUCAGCUGGUUUGAUGAUCCCAGGAACAACACUGGAGCACUAAUCACAAGACUUGCUAACGAUACCUCAGAGGUGAAAGGAGCUACAGGCUCCAGACUGGCGCUGGUUGCCCAAAAUGUGGCUAACCUUGGGACUGGGAUUGUCCUGUCACUUAUCCAUGGCUGGCAGCUGACCCUGCUGAUUUUAGCUGUGGUGCCAAUCAUCGCUGUCACAGGAAUCGUCGAAAUGAAGAUGCUUGCUGGGCAUGCAAAGAGGAACAGGAAGGAACUGGAACGGGCAGGAAAGAUUGCUUCAGAGGCCAUCGAGAACAUCCGAACUGUGGUCACUUUGACUCAGGAAAGGAAAUUUGAGCUGAUGUAUAGCCAGAGUUUGCAAGCAUCAUACAGGAGUUCUGUAAGGAAAGCUCACAUCUUUGGCCUGACCUUUGCCUUCACCCAAGCCAUCAUGUACUUCACCUAUGCUGGCUGCUUCAGGUUUGCUGCCUACCUCGUGAGGAAUGGACACAUGAGGUUUAAAGAUGUGCUUCUAGUGUUCUCAGCUAUUGUCUUUGGUGCCAUGGCGUUGGGGCAGAGCACCUCUUUCACUCCAGACUAUGCCAAAGCCAAGACAUCAGCUGCCCACCUGUUCCUGCUGUUUGAGAGGGUGCCAGCCAUAGACAGCUACAGCGAGGACGGGGAGCAGCCUAAAACGUUUGAUGGGAACAUACAGUUCAGAGAUGUGGUCUUUAACUACCCAGCUCAAGCAGAGGUCCAAGUGCUCCGAGGUCUGACCGUGGAUGUGGAAAAGGGACAAACCCUGGCUCUGGUGGGCAGCAGCGGCUGUGGGAAGAGCACUGUUGUGCAGCUGCUGGAGAGGUUCUAUGAUCCCCUCCAUGGAGAACUGCUCCUGGAUGGGCGAAAUGCAAGGGCCCUGAACGUGCAGUGGCUGAGGGCCCAGCUGGGCAUCGUGUCCCAGGAGCCCAUCCUGUUUGACUGCACCAUCGCUGAGAACAUUGCCUAUGGGGACAACAGCCGGCAGGUGUCUCACGAGGAGAUCGUGCAUGCAGCCAAAGAGGCCAACAUCCACUCCUUCAUUGACUCACUGCCAAAGAAAUACAACACCCGUGUGGGGGACAAGGGCACGCAGCUGUCCGGGGGGCAGAAGCAGCGCAUCGCCAUCGCCCGCGCCCUGGUGCGGCGGCCCCGCGUCCUGCUGCUGGAUGAGGCAACCUCUGCGCUGGACACCGAGAGCGAGAAGGUUGUGCAGGAGGCCCUGGACAAGGCCCGGGAAGGUCGCACCUGCAUCGUGAUCGCUCACCGCCUCUCCACCAUCCAGAGCGCCGACAAGAUCGCCGUCAUCGACGGCGGCAGGGUGGUGGAGCAGGGCACCCACCAGCAGCUGCUGGCUCACAAAGGCAUCUACUACUCCCUGGUCAAUGUGCAGAGCGGGUCCAGCAACAUCUGA